CGGGGAUCAAAGACGUAGGGACUGCCCACAGUGCGGCGCAGUGGUGUUCCAUUACGGUUAGGGGAGAAGCAGUGGAUUGGUCGACCUUAGCAGGAUUCUUUUUCCCUUAUUAUUUCAAAAGACGCGAUUUUUCUUUUAUUUCUGGGAAUACCACAAAUUAGGUUGAACAGUAGAUAUGGCUGCGUAUAAAUUGGUACUUAUCCGUCACGGAGAGAGCUCCUGGAAUCAGGAGAACCGCUUCUGUGGCUGGUUCGACGCCGAUUUAAGCGAGACCGGGACAGAGGAGGCGAGGAGAGGCGGGGAGGCCCUCAAAGAGGCAGGUUAUGAGUUCGACAUCUGCUACACGUCGGUGCUGAAGAGGGCCAUCCGCACGCUGUGGGUCGUGCUGGGCUCCAUCGACCAGAUGUGGCUGCCGGUGCACCGGACGUGGCGGCUGAACGAGCGGCACUACGGCGGCCUGACGGGACUCAACAAGGCCGAGACGGCCGCCAAACACGGCGAGGCCCAGGUCAAGAUUUGGAGGAGGUCAUUUGACAUCCCCCCUCCUCCCAUGGACGAGGCACAUGACUACUACAGCAGCAUCAGCAAGGACCGCCGCUACGCCGACCUGACUGAAGACCAGCUGCCCACCUGCGAGAGCCUGAAGGACACCAUCGCCCGCGCCCUGCCCUACUGGAACGAGGAGAUCGUGCCGCAGAUCAAGGAGGGCAAGCGGGUGCUGAUCGCUGCCCACGGCAACAGCCUCAGGGGCAUCGUCAAGCAUCUGGAGGGCAUGUCGGAGGAGGCCAUCAUGGAGCUGAACCUGCCCACCGGGAUCCCCAUCCUCUACGAGCUGGACAAGAACCUGAAACCCGUGGGCCCCAUGCAGUUCCUGGGUGACGAGGAGACCGUCCGCAAGGCCAUGGAGGCCGUGGCCGCCCAGGGCAAGGCCAAGAAGUAGACUGCUGCUCUGGCUGAGCGACCACCGGAGCGAGGGCUUUGGGUGGGGAGGGCGGGGCUAGUCAGAGCGACUGUAGACCACCGUGUGUAGACCAUGGACGACAACGUCAUGGCACAUACUGCUACUUCAUUAGGAACCACUUAUCAGCACAUGGAAGUCUAUCAGUAUUAUGGGAUGGGGAUGAACUUCUACACUAUAGAUACUCUAGGGACCAGAUGACUGAAUCCACCUGACUGUCCACCUGUGUGAAGUGUGUUUAAUGACCACUUAUACUCCCAUUUCAAAUUUGCGUGUGUUUUACGGUUAAAAAUCCCACUUUUGUUUAUAGAUCAUUUCUUAUUUAUUUCAGUCAUUGAGCAGAUAGCCUAUUCUGAGGAUGCUUUGGAUAAAUGCAUCUAGUGUUUAUUUCCCCGCCCCACUGUUGUCAUGGUAACUGUUGCCUAGCCUACAAAGCAACUUGCUUUUCCAUGUUCGAUUAUGCAGGAGUAGAAUUGCGCUGCACACGGUUGUCUCACUCUUGACUGGACGUUUGCUUCUCUGAUCUUGCAACACACACGCCAAUGUUAAAGUAAGCUGAUAGAAAGUGCUGCUUCCUCCUCCCUUUCCUUAUUGGCCGUGUCGGGGGAGGGGCAGGGGACCCGCUUCCCUGAGUAGUGUGGUGCAUCAGUCUGUAAAUGUAAUGUAUGUGUCUAGUCGUCUUCCUAUGGUGUGGCUCUGUAAUACUGUUUGUUCCUGUAAGCGCUGAAGGCUGCGAACCUGCAUGAAUCUACACCAUGUUAAAAUCCGCUGGGCACCCAGAAAAUAUAUGAAUAUAUGGAAAUCUAGUGUAAUUCGUGUAUAUGGUUUUUGCCCCAGCUUGUGUUCUCUAACCUGUGUCUGGGGUGUCCUGUUCCGGCACUUAUGAAACCCGCGCUUCGCUUCACUUUGUUGAUGUUUAGAGGAAAAGAAGAAAACUUCACUUUGGGCUUUUUAGAUGUACACUGGAUCUGUGCAACUAAUAAAUGUCUGGAAUCAUCUUG